AUGACCUCUGACGACGAGGCGACGUCGUUCUUCGGUCGGCUCGCUCGCCCAGUCGCCAAUGGGUCUGCCACGCGUCCGCGCAAACGGCGCAAGAGCUCGCAUGGACAGGCAGCGGACGACUCGUCUUCAGCGGCCGACGCUUCCUCCGACGUCGAGAUUGUCGGAAGCAGCGCGGCGAAGAAGCGGUCGACAGCGAAGGGCAAAGGGAAGGGAAAGGCGAUGGCGCCGCAGCCGAUGAGCAGGGCGAAGCAGGUCGACAAGCCGAGUCGUCGAGCGAAGGAGGUCUCGCUCUUGUCGUCCGAUAGCGAGUCUUCCGUCUCCGACGAGCUGCCUACCGCUACUCAGAUCGAUGCACACGGCGCCGCGCUGCUCGCGAUGGCGCGGUCCAAGGGGUAUGCGGGAACAACGCCGCCGAGACGGGCGAAGCGGCAGGAGGAGCGGGUCGAGGCGUCGAACUCGGCCAAACAGCGAACGCAGCGUGAACCGGGAUCGUCGUCGAGCGAAGACUCGAGCGAGUCGCGGCGCAGGCGGCGCAAGUCGAACAGCACCGAGCUGACGACCGUCUCGGACCGCUCUUCCUUGGCAACCAAGACGAAGGCGUCGACUUCCCGCGCUCAAACUCGCAAGGCUGCUCCGGUCAAGCCUGCGACGAAGACGUCGAGCACUUCGAGGCGCAAGAAGGCUGCUUCGCCAAGCCGUUCACCGUCACCUCAGCUCGAGCAGCCGCCUGAACCGCAGUCGUUCUGGCAGGUCGAAGCUCAGCCGGCACCGGGACGCGGAGCCAAGCGCCAGAAGCACGGUGAAGCGUCGUCGAAGCUCAAGGCGCUGUCAGAGCGAGGGAAGAUGCUCGUCUUGCCGGACGAUGAGGACGAGGACGAGAUUGUCGGAUCGUCGAGCAGCGCAAGCGACGGACCGCGUCGCUACGAGACGGUGGCGGCGAAGGCGAAGCGGGAGAAGGGGGAGGCUAUCGCUGCGCUCAAAGCCAAACGAGGUCGCCAAUCUCUGCCGCUACAGGACGCUCCGAAUGGUGCUUCGCCUCGAGCGUCGCCACGCAAGGACAAGGGCAAGGGGAAAGCCGUGGCGGAGCCUACGGGACAAUGUCCAGUCUGCUCAGAGGAGGUCCCACUAGAUGACCUCGAAGUGCAUGCCUCCGCCUGUCUCGCGAUCUUCGAGGACGUCUCGGACACGCAGCAGCAGGCGCCUCCGCCCGGCCGAGCUGCUCAGCCUGCAGCUCCACGCGCCGGGACCUCCGCCGCUUUCCGACCUGCGGGAGCCGGUACGUCGGCGACGUCCACCUCGCGUGCGCAGGCGAAUCAUCCUGCUCCAGCAGGAAAGGCCGUCCCGCCUGCGAGGUCUUCCAGCGACCACGGCCUCGCGAACGAGCUCUUCCCCUCCUCGCCUCCUGUACAACGCAGUACGCGUGCUGCGGCUUCGGCGAAGGGGAAGGGCCGUGCAGCGACGCUUGUCGAGGACUCGGACGAAGACGACGGUCGUAGUGGGCCGAGGGCUGGACGGAAUCAGCGCCGUCAGCAGUACGAUGCUGCGUUCGACGGGGAGGACGACGGCUACAUCGACAGCGACGCCUAUGUCGACGCCGACACCUCGCUCCACAAGACGGUCGUCGAGCUCUCGGACGACGACGACGAUAUCGUCAUUGCGGAUGUCUCGCGCAAUGCUGCGGCAGGCACGAGCCGCGCACGUGGCGGUGUGAGGGGCGGCGAUGGUCGGGAGGGCGCGGUCAACACGGCAAGGGCGAAGGGACCGCCCGAAAAUGGCUCGAGUCCGCCGAGAGGGUCGAUCUACGUCUCGACGCUGGGCAGGGCCUACCGCGAGGGAUACGAGAACCUCUUCACGACCGCUACCAAGUCCAAGUCUGGCUCCCGCGCGCUCCCGGGCCUCGGCAACAACGACCUUGACGACACCGAUGCUCGUGCCUUCGACGCUCUCGCACCGCCAGCCAAGACUACAGGUCGCGGUCGAGGCGGAGGAGGGAGAAAGGCGAGCGGCGGCAGCGGGAGGAAGGCGAGUUGGGGUUCGUGGAGGGGACGGCGCGGGCGGGGCAGGAAGUGA